AUGGACUCUCAUGAAAGAGGACACUGGGUGGAUCAGCAAUUCGAGAACUUUGUGGAUUGUGUCGCGCAGUGUCUACCUCAUGGCAAGGCCGACUUUUUGCGCUAUUAUGAGGUGCCCAAAGUGGCCAAAAUCUAUGCCCCUCCACUUCAGCUGCCCAUCCUUGUGUGCCAGAGUUUGGUGACGCUUUUGGCACUUGGCUUCUUGAUCAUUUCCUUACAUCUGUACGAGGAUGUUGCAGUGGUUUCUUCGACGCACACCUUCGACAUUUCCUUUCCACAGCGGAAUUUCGACACAUGCCACGAUGUAGAUUUUGACUGUGACGAUGUUGGCAAAUCCGAGCUCACCCGGGACCAGGACCAGAAAGCCAACUCCUAUUGCAACGAGGCAAAGCUGCAUGAUCUCUCCAAGAACAUGGAAAACUAUUUCUUCUCCGUCAACGAUGGCCACAACUACAGCAGGAAUAGAUGGCACUCACCACCCAGUCUUCAGCCGGAGUGCAAAAAGUUUGAUGUCCAUGGCGUUUUUCGGGAGGAUGGGCCAGCCCCCUUGAUCAUGACUGCACAGUCGAUCUUUUCUCAAAAGAGCUGCGAAACAGAGCCAUCGAUGCCGAGUUGUAUUUGGGAGAAUGACCAUGUGAACUUUGAGAUUGUUUACGAUGUGGAGCGCUUUCUCGUGAAGCUUCGUCACGAUAUUGUGCUGGAUGAUGGCCGCCGGGUGGAGAGUACAGAUGCAACAGGCUUCAUGAAGUUCCAAGCUGAUCCGAACAACUUGUAUGUCGUGAAAUGUGACCCAGACAAAACAGACUGCGACUAUUCAUUGCCAAGCCACGCAGAUUUCCCGCCCUGUGGAAAUACAUCCUCGCAACUGGAUUCUCCCUGCUUUAGCACGGGUUUCGCUGACUUCAUCUCUCUUGAAAUUCUUCUCCGUGCCGCCAACACCUCGCUUGAUGAAGUCGUCUCGGACCUUCCCCGCCGAUGGUGGGGGACUUACUUACAAGUCGAUGUCAGAUACUCCAACGAUGAUCUUCGGGACUACUGGCUGGGAUCGCCCGGGCAGUUUUCGCAACUGCAACUGCGGACCCGUUAUGUCUAUUCUGUCAGGAAGCUUACUGAUUACGUCUGGAACUCGCAGACCAUCUUGACCUCUGAUACGGAGCGCACUCUCGUACGACAUGCUGGCAUUCGCAUCUCGGUCAAUGUUCAUGGAAGCCUUAAAACGUGGAGUUGGCUGAACGUCUUCCGAACCUUGGCGAUCUUCGGCGUCCUCUGGAAGAUCACGGUGGUGAUGGUGGACAUCCUCAUGUUGGCCUUAUACCGGCAAAUACCAACAUUGAGGCACCUGCCCCAUCUGAGGCACUAUUACAGUGUCACGGAGACCCCCCACCAUGACCACAUCAAGAAGCUAAGCCACGAGCAGCUUGAGCUGGAGAAGAAGAAAUACCGUGAGUUGAAGUUGCAGAAGAUCAUCCAAGAUGAGGAAGCAGACGAAGCAGCGGGCCAUUAA